AUGGAAACUAUAGGAAAAUGCAGGCUUCUUUCUAAAGAAUGCAACAGUAUCACUUACGAGUCUACUUUCACUGAUCUUCAUAUCCAAAGAACCAACACCCUGUCUGGUUUUUUUAUACAAAAUUUAAAGGGCUUGAAAGUUAAUUCUUUCUUUGUGUCCAAUAACACUUCGAAUUCUUAUCGUAAAUUGUCUCUCAAUUUUUUACCUGACCGUCGUGUAGCUAUUGAGGCAUCAACAAAGCAAGGUAUUUUGCUUUGUAGAACAAAUCAUCCGCGAUAUUAUGUGUGCAAGCCUACCACCAAACAAUGGCAAAGAAUUCCGAAUCCAAAAACCCGAUACGAGACUGUAGCAAUUGGCAUGCUCGUGAUAAGAUCGAAGCCUUUGCAUUACAAGAUCGUGAAAUUCUCCUUGCCGAAAGUUCGCUGUCAUGAUAGAGACUUCUUUCGCUAUUACUGCCAUAGAUGUGAGUUGUUUGAUUCAAAGACUUGGACGUGGAAGCAGUUGGAGGAAGUAAAGAUGCCAAAACACGAGUCACUUUAUCCAAAGUCUAUCGUAUCUGUAUCUGGCUCGCUUCACUGGCUCACCUGGGUAAAAAACAUAUUUGCGUUUCACGUAAACGAAGAAAGCUAUAGCAUGUUUUCGCUUCCUCUGCCAGUUUCUGAGGAUGACAACGGCACGGACAUUGCACUCGUCGAGUAUGAGGGAAAACUUGCCGUAACCUACGCUGGUACGAAAGAGAGUUCCAUGGAGUUGUGGGUCAUGGAGAAUUAUGAGAAAAAAGAAUGGAACAAGAGGUAUACAAUAAAUAUUGAAGCUGUAAGAAGAAAGGAACCCUAUGCAAGACCUAUUGCCUUCUACAAUGCUGACAUUGCAUUGAUGAAAGAAUAUAAUCACCAUGUGACGUUCUUCAACUUCAAGAAUGGAAGCGUUGCUAGGUUGCCAUUAAAGAACAGCUCAAAUCAUGCAUGUUUCCCAUUCCAAUCCGAUUUUGAGCCAUGUGAUUUGAUGGAUGGAUUCUCAUUGAAGCAUCUGCAAGGUGGACGAGGAAGAAGUAAAUCAAAGAGAACGAAGUGGCAAUUAGGUUUAGGACAAUACUUCGCUUUAAGUCCUAAAAAUUUGUUUCUCUUCCUGCUGUUAGCCUUCAGUUUUUUCUGCUUUGGAUCUAGAUCUGUAGACAGUCAGAUUACUGUUGUCGAAGAUUAA